AUGACAUUUUCAGAAGGAGAAAGAGCAGGCCUCAGUGAAACGGUGCCAGAGACUGGACUAAUAGCUAAUGAAUCUACACCACUUUUAACUAAUAUCGAAACCUCAAAUCGUCCAAUAAUAAAAAGUCCUUGGUAUAAAACAGCAUCUUCAUAUUGGUUACUACCAUCAUUUUUUGUGAUUACAUUUAUAUUUGGAUUAACACUUACAACGAAAGUGGAAUUUUAUUUACAAACUGUUUGUCAACAUUACUAUGAUUCGAAAGAAAAUCAUCCUUCUAUAAAUUUAGUUGAUAUAAACAAUAAUGAUGUGUGUAAUAUUCCAGAAAUUCAUGCUAUUACUUCACAAUUAAUGAUGGUAUUGUCUCUUUGUUUAUCGGUACCAGGAAUCUUUGUAUUGGUACCAUUAGGUGCUCUCUCUGAUCGUAGAGGUCGUCGUUUUGUCUUUCUUCUCGCAAUUGCGGGACUGAUAAUUUUUAAUUUGGCUAUUAUUUUAGUUGGACAUUUUUCCGAAUCACUUGGAUUAAUCGUCUUGAUAAUUGGUGUGCUUAUAGAUGGAUUUUUGGGUGGGUUCUCUUCAUUAGCUGCUGUGCUAUAUUCUUAUGCUGCAGAUUGUACAGUUCCAGAACAAAGAAGAGUCAUAUUCGGAUUUAUGCAAGGCGCAUUAUACUUAGGAUUGUCUUUAGGUACUAUGGUUGGGGGAGAGAUAGUAGAAUUUACAAAUAACCUCCUUUCGGUAUUCUACGUUUCAAUUACGAUAUCUAUCUUGUUCUUCCUCUUUGUUCUUUUUAUCCUUCCUGAAUCACUUUCGAAAGAAAGACAACUUGAUAAUCAAAGACGUCAGCUGGCUAAUAACCAAGAAAAUGGUAAUCUUAACAUGUUACAGAAAAUUUUAAAUAUAUUUACUCCUUUAUCAAUUUUCCUAUCAAACCCUCCACGAAAUGAUGGAAGUUUGAGAGAUAUUAGAAAUAUUGAUACUUUUCCCGCAAUUAACGCGAGAAAAUAUUCAUUAUUAUCAGCUGCUGGCAUAGGUUUAAUGAUUUGGCUUGCAUUUUCCGGUAUCCAGUCCAUAUUUUUGCUUUAUGUUAGAUAUAAAUUUGAAUGGUCAUUAGUCGAACAAGGAUAUUUGAUCAGUGUAACUUCUGCUACAAGAGUUAUUACUUUACUGUUUUUAUUUCCAAUUUUUAUUAAGGUAUUUAAAAAGAAGCAUGAUAAGGCUGGUAAUCAAAACGAUGGAAACAUGUUGGUUGAGGAUGAUGUAAUCGUUCAAAAUGAGAAAUGUUUGACUAAAGAGUUAAUGUUUGAUGUUUGGAUUGUUAGAAUCGGACUCGCUAUUGAUAUUGUGGCCUAU